AAGCGUAACUCUUUUAGUGCCAUGGGUUCUGGUUACAAAUUCACUUGCCCUAUCUGCUUUUUGUGCUUUGUUUGGAAAGUGAGGAUGGGAAGAAAAAUGAAGGGACAAAAAGAUUUCUUUUCAAUUCUUUUUUUUUUGAAACUGAGAAAAAGGAAGGAUAGUGGAGAAUGAGAGAGAUUUUUUUUUCUUGACCUAUUAAUUUCUCUUUAUUCUACUACUAUUUUAUGCCUGAUAUCAUUUCUCUAAUAUAUGCACUCUGCUAGACAUGUUAGUAAGGCUCACCGAGAUUUUAGAGCACCUUUAGUUGGUGUUCGCCCAGGCACAAGUGUAGAUUUCAGAGGUGCUGCUUAUGAUGAUUGUUUUGACGUAUUCUGUUUAGAGCCCUGUAAUCGGGUUGAUUGGUGUUUUAGAUUGAAGCAUACCAGAAUAUAGUUUGGGUUUUUAUAUAUGUUGAUGAAACACGAAUAUGCGAAUGCAAAUACCGAACAGGAUGAAAAUAGUCAGACGUAUGCAACCUUAUCUUUGGAUGUUUCUUGCAAGUAUACUUUUUCAUGCUUUAAUCUUGUUGAGUGUCCCACACCAGUUCGGGAUGGGAGAUUUGGUCUCUUUAUAUAGCUUGGGCAAUCCUUCUCGCUUUGAGCUAGUUUUUGGGGUUGAGUUAGACUCAAGAUUCAUUCUUUAUAUGGUAUCAGAGUCAGACCCAUCCAAUUCAUGAUUUGUCGAUGGUGGGCCCCCAUAUUAAAUUGCCCACACUCCAUAUAUUUGAUCUCUUUAUAUGGCUUGAGAAAUUCUCCUCCCUUUGAGCUAGUUUUUGGGGUUGAGUUAGGCCUAAGAUUCAUUCUUUACAAAUCCUGUCAUACUUAAAAAAUUAGAUCUAACAAUUGUGCCCUAAUUCAUCUCCCUCUGUCUCGCUCUCUCUCUCUCUCUCUCUCUCUCUCUCUCUCUCUUUCAGAAAUUACUAGAUAGGGAAGGUCAAGACGAGUAUAUGAUCCCAUAUCUUUUUUAGGCAAGUAUAAGGACAACCAGUUAAAUAGUUGGUUUUUCUGACUUAUCCUUCUUUAAUUUUUUGAGUAAUUCUGACAUCUUCUUGGUUAGCAAACUGUUGUGAAGCCAUUCUUCCAGCUUAAAGCCGCUAAUGGUCCUUGUAAUUUAUUCUUUAACGAUUUCCCUUUGCAGCUUUUCCUUGUAAAAAAACUAGUGACAACGUGUUUUCUAUCUUUGGGGAGACCAAAAAGCCAACAAGGUUAGGUAAGGUGGGAGUAGACAAGCAUUAACUUCCAUAUAGAAAGUACAAGAAACUGAUGGAGUUCUCUAUGUAAAACUGUCUGAUUGCUGAAACUUUGUGCGGUAAAUUACUUCUUGUAAUUUUCGUAUACCUGUGGCUUCCCCUCCCAAACAUUGGAGGAAUAACGAUGCUGGCAUCAAGCUUUUUCCUUUUAAAAUGUUUUUUUUUCUUUUUUGGCUGCAGAAUUCUUUAAGAGCUUUCUGAUUUCAGUGGAUUUACGUCAUGAGGGACAGGUGGCCAAGAGGUAAAAAGUGGCUUAAAGUGGCAUCUGUAGAAACAAUCCCGCUUGAACUGCUGAAACGAAGCACUACAUCAAGGGAAACAAAUGAAGAAAUGGAUGAUAUUUUAGAGACCAAGGGAAAUUGGCUUCCUAAUGACUUACUCUUUAAGGUUUUUCUUCUACUUCCUGCUGAAACUCUCUGUGGACUGCGUUGCGUAUGCAAGUCGCUUCUCAACAUGAUCAACAGUCCGACUUUUAUUGAAGAUCAUUUUCGUCAAUCUGAGACGGUUCUAAUUACUCAAAACUCCUUUCACGAGAAAAAAAACGUACGGUCACCUUUUCCACUACCUUCAGAUAAGCCAAACGAAUGUUAUUUCCAUUUCUGGGACAUCCACAGCGGCAAAGGCCACAAAGCUUGUAUGCCAAAUAAUUUGAGGAACAUAAAGUGUGUUUUGGCUGCCUGCAAUGGUUUGGUCCUGGCCCAGAUUAGGAACAAUGAAGGUCUAGUUGUUAUAAAUCCAAGUACACGGAACCACAUCAGAGUGCCUCUUGGUACUAUUGGCUUCGUGAAGGAGUGCUACGGAUUCAUGUUCAGCCACUUCACUGGUGUUUAUAAAGUAGCACACUUGUUCCUCGAUGUAUCUAGAAACAUUCACUGUGAGAUCCUAAACCUUACGACAAGAUCGUGGCAUGCAGUAGAUGGACCUAAUCCAGAGGAAUUUGGAUCGAUCACUACUAAUAGAUGUGUUUCAGCAGUUGGUGCUUUAUAUUGGCUUCCAAAGAGCGAUGGCUGUAACCAUGUUAUCUCCUUGGGAUUUCAUGAUGAGAAGUUUCUAACCGUACCGCUUCCCAUCAGCAGCACCAAAAACGAUCGACUUGUUGAGAUUGGAGGCUCAUUGAGCUUCAUAACUCAUGCCACGUUGAAUUUGAUUCAGGUAUGGAUACUGAAGAGUGGAAAUUGGUUAAAGAGAUAUAGCAUCAAUAGGUUGUAUGACAUCACAGGGUUUGUUCCCCUUUGUGCUUCGACGAAGGAAAUGUUUUUCAGGAGAGAAGGAUGCCCUUUGUUACAUAUUUACAAUUUUGAAACUGAAGAAAUGCAGGGGGUCAAUUUUGAAAGUACCAAGAGAAAUGACGAUUUGCAAUUUUGCAUGCCUCAUGUAAAGUCCCUUGUUUCAUGGGAUAGUCAUCUACUUCAGUAGGAUGUGUAAAUAUUCAACCAUGACCCUUUGUGGUGUUAAAACUUUGGAAACUUAUUAUUGAAGGAUUUCAAUAUUGUAUUUCAAA